CAUACACAAAGACGAGGAGGACCCACAGCCACUCUGACUCUCAGCUUAGUUAGCAUACUCUGCUGUGGAGCGGCUGUCUACAUCCCACUACUGACCCAAUGAUGACGUCCAAAGUCAAAGAGAACUGACAUCGUAGUGGGGUGGGGGAAACUGUGAGCACAACACAGACAGAAAACAGGAUUGUGUGUGUGUGUGAGUGUGUGUGUGUGUGUGUGAGUGUAUUUAUGUGUUAGAUUGUACAUAUGUACAUAACAGAGUGUGAGAAUGCACCUUGAUUUAUGAAGAAGAGUUUAUAAGAGGGGAUUUUAGGAUAACUGUGAAGCUGUGAAAGUCUCCUAACAAGAUGAGACUAUAAACAACCCCCGCAAAGUGUCCACCUGAAGAAGCUGCUGACCAAAGGACAGCGCCUCCUCCCUCCGACUGUUUGGCAAGGUGGUACCAAAUUAACCAACCAUUAAGUCGGCACCAUGCUGCAGCAGAUUUUAAAGGACAUGUACAUCGACCCCGAUGUCCUCAACGCUCUUAAUGAAGACCAGAAAAAGACUCUAUUCCUGAAAAUGCGCCAGGAGCAGGUGCGCCGCUGGAAAGAGCGGGAGGAAAAACUGGAGAGAGAAGGAGGGGAUGCUGAGUCCAAGCGAACCAAGCCAAGAAAAGCCAACAGUAAGAGUGUGAGCUGGCUGCUCGGCCGGGACGGAGACGUGGCGGUCAUUGUGAUCGGGGAGGUGGAUGAGCUGACCUCCAAAUUUAUCUGCUCAGGAUUUGGAGAGAAGAAAUCACCAAGUCUUCAGAACAACACGUACCAUCAAGCUAUCUUGAAGAGCAGAAAAAACACCGAACCUGUCAAAACUGAAAGAGAGAACCUUCCUCCUAAAACACAACCUGGCAUCUCACUGAAUUUAAAGGGGAAAUGUGAGGAGACGAGUACUUCGCUCCCUCUGCCGGUGUCAGUGAGUGAGCAUUCACCACCUUCAGCAGCAGAAAAGCCCGAGCUGAAGUCAGCCAGUGCAACUGAGGAGAAGUCACUUCUCCAGCCCUCCAUCUGCUCCAGGCCUCCCAUGAGAGCUACCCCUGUCAACGUGAGACCGGCUUCUGCAAAUGCGGCACCAGGCUAUGUCAACACGAGACCCGGCAACACAAAUCUGAGGCUGGCUACCACCGCGUCGUCCUCUUCCCCCAGCAGCACUGUCAAAAUAGACUCUGGAACAACGUCAUCAACCAAAGAUAAUCUGUGCUCAAAGGAACCUCAGAAGCCCCAGGAACCGCAGGGUGGGAAAGAUAUUGGUACAUCAGAAACACCUGGCAGAGCUGCUUCUGAAGAGGCCGGGAAAUCAGGAAAUGCGCCAACCUGCGCAGGGCGUGGCAGGGUGGCUCAGCUGAUGAAAACCUUCAGCGUUGAUAAUACCACAAGCCCCUCACAGACCCCUCCCCGUGGCAUCAAGCCACCUCUUCCCAACAAACCCAGCCACUUGCGUAUAACGACCACACCUACUGUCAGGUAAUCCUUACACACUGAUGAACAGACACCCGCUCAACUUCACGCAUCCCUGUGCUUCAAAUAGGACAAUGUCGGACAUCUAAAGCGGCGCCUCAGACCGUGGGUUAAUGGGAAGGAGCACUCUAAAGGCUGCUCAGAAAUGGUAAUGUUCACAUUGUUGCUAUCACUUCCAAAGCACAGUGACAGAAAUGCUUGAAUGUAAUGGUUUUCUUUUGUUCUUGGAUGCUGCAGUACUGUAAAAACUCUUUGUGGGGAAAGAAAUUCCAAAGCAGUCGAUUGCAUCUGAAUGUGCUUUUUGUAUAAAUGACUAUCACAUGAGUUCACUUGUUGUUGAUGCUAUCCACUUAGAGGUAGUUUUUAGUCCAAUUCACAAAACCUGUGCACUCAGUAUUUACCGACAAAUUACAUUACUUUCAUCACUGAUAAGACAGUUUACAUGAGCUCAUGCGCACAUAUGCUGGCUUCUGUGUUGUUGUUUUUUUUUCUCCUAAUUUCUGUCUUCUUGAACAAAAGAACGGGCAUGGGCAGGCAUAAUGGGGUAAAAGAAGGUCCUCCUUCAUCUUGCUGUCUCCUUCCUGGAAAAAGCGUUGGGUUGUUUAUUUGUAACAAUGCAAUAUAUGUCUCCCUCUGCCACCUGGCAGGAGUCUCUCUGCGACCUGUUGUGGACCAAUGACAGUGCCAAAUGCACUCAUCUGUCACUCCCAGUGGAUCAAAUCCUGGCAAGUUAGACAGUCGCUGCCAAAUAAUCCAGCUCUGUGUUACUGUUCUUUUUUUUUUUUUUUCCAGCCCUAUUCUUUGAGAUGUGUGGUUGUACUUUUUUUUGUUUUUUUAAUUGUUGUUGUUUUUGCAUUUUCUAAAUAGAGAAUGACAUUUUGUUGUGGGAUAUUUAACAUUACCACAAUUCUCUCUUGUAAAAUGAGAGACAUCCUUAUCUUUGAUGUCAAGGUUGUAUGGUGCAGUCAAAGGAACAAUAAAACUGCGUAACUUGUGCACCUUG